AUGGUUUUAUCGAAACGAUGGAAUUAUCUUUACACGUUUGUGCCAACACUUGAAUAUGAUCAUAACAGUUAUCCAGAUGGUGAGGACAGGAGCUUCUCACGGUUUGUUUACAGUUCUUUGCUGUUGUCUUUCGUACUUGGUCAAAACACUGGUUCUAUAGAUAUUGGAGUUUGUGUUAGAACCGCUAUUAAACGCCAUGCGCGUCACCUGAAUAUUGAGAUUGAUGAUACUUGUUCUGCUGAAACUAUCAAUCCAGUGAUACUUCCUACUAGCUUGUAUACAGGUUGUACAAUGCUUGUGAUUUUGUGGCUAAUUAAUGUGGUUCUUAUGGAUUCGUCUUCCACGGUUUCCUUCCCAUCCCUCAAAAUUUUGGUCCUUCUAUCAGUGAAGUACCCAAAUAAUGAAUUUGUCCCCAAGAUUUUAGCUGGUUGUCCUGUUCUUGAAAAUUUAUUCGUGGACCGAUGCCAAGAUGCUCCUUGUUUGGAGCUCAUGGGGAUUAAUGUAAAUACGAAAGGAUUUUGUGGUAUUGAGCAUAAUAUGCCUAAGAUUGAUGCGGAUGCAUAUCCUGAAGGAAUAGCAUUUAACCGGCUUGUAGAAUUGACUCUGUGUACAUCUGAACCGGAAUGGUUGAAUCUACUUAUGCGUCUUCUCAAAGAUUCCCCCAAACUAAGAGUCCUCAAACUAGAACAGGCUUUGGUGUCUGGUUUGGGGAUUCUGGGGCUUUGA